UCUUAGAAAGCUAACGCCCAAAAUUCUAGCCAUUCACAUUACAAGUCAGAAAAUCAAAUCAUUUCUCAUUCCCUCGAUACUGAGAGAAAUUCUCAAAAGCAGAACCGAGAAAAAUGGGCAAGGAUCUGAGCGACGACCAGAUCUCGUCAAUGAAGGAGGCCUUUACAUUAUUCGACACUGAUGGUGACGGUCGGAUCGCUCCUUCAGAGUUGGGGAUCCUCAUGCGAUCACUCGGGGGAAACCCCACACAGGCCCAACUGAAAUCGAUAGUUUCUGAGGAAAAACUAACGGCGCCGUUUGAUUUUCCCCGUUUCCUUGAACUGAUGAAAAAGCACAUGAAACCGGAGCCGUUCGAUCGCCAGUUGCGUGAUGCGUUCAAAGUGCUGGAUAAGGAUUCAACUGGGUUUGUCUCCGUGGCGGAUCUGAGACAUAUAUUGACGUCUAUUGGGGAGAAGCUGGAGCCCGCCGAGUUUGACGAGUGGAUUCGGGAAGUGGAUGUGGGGUCGGAUGGCAAAAUCCGGUACGAAGAUUUCAUUGCCAGGAUGGUGGCUAAGUGAAUUGAUGGUUUUUCAAGAAAUGAAAAAAAUUGUUGUGCUUUUGAUAUUAAUGUUGUGUGGAAUUAUUCUGUCUGUUCUAAUAUAUAUAUAUAUAUUUUUGUUUUUGUAUUGGGAUUAGGGUUUGAUGGAAAUUUCUGUGAUGGACAUUUGUGUUUCUUUAAUUGUUGAAUUAUUAUUAUUUUUUUGGCCAA